AAAAUACAGACAGCUUGCUAAUGCUACUAGACUGGUUAUUCGGUUUGCUCAAUUGUCUGGUUAACUGUUAGCCAGCCUCGCUCUUUUGCUGAAUGUUUGUGGGUAUCUUAGCACAUAGCUAUGAUCGCUUGUAAUGUAGCAAACUAGCCAUCGCGUCCGCAGGGUUGUGCACGUAAAUUGUGUGCUUAGGAAAGGAGAAGCUAGCAGUCAAAUAGGUACUGUUGCUGUAACUAGCCACAGGCUAGCCAGCUGCAAGUCUGGACUAGACCUAGUCAAACUUGGCUAGCCUAGCUAAGUUUGGUCAACCCUUUGAAGGGCUGUGAAAUCUUAAUCAAUGAUCCUUCGACAGCUGGUGUCAAGGGGGCUGGUACCUCAACUGCGUGGCGGAAUAAGUAGCGUCUCUAGCAGAAAGAAGCUGUUAGUUGAGAUGGCACGACCUAGCUCAGACCUGGCGGAAUUUCGGAAGGUCUUUUCCAAAGCCAAGCACGUGGUGAUCCUGACGGGGGCGGGGGUGAGCGCGGAGAGCGGGGUGCCCACGUUCCGGGGUGCGGGCGGGUACUGGAGGACAUGGCAGGCGCAGGACCUAGCCACGCCCGUGGCCUUCUCGCGGAACCCGUCGCGCGUGUGGGAGUUCUACCACUACCGGCGCGAGGUGAUGCUGACCAAGAGCCCGAACGCGGCGCACCUGGCCAUCGCCGAGUGCGAGGCGCGGCUGAGCCGGCAGGGCCGGGCGGUGACGGUGAUCACGCAGAACAUCGACGAGCUGCACCGCCGCGCCGGGUCCCGGCACGUCAUGGAGAUCCACGGAAGCCUCUUCAAGACCCGGUGUACCAGCUGUGGGAAUGUAGCCGCCAAUCACAACAGUCCGAUAUGUCCUGCUUUGGAAGGCAAAGGAGCCCCGGACCCAGACACCAGUGAUGCCCAGAUCCCCGUGGAGGACCUGCCGAGGUGUGAGGAGAGUGGCUGUAACGGACUGCUCAGGCCCAACGUGGUUUGGUUCGGGGAGACCCUGGACGCCGACAUCCUGACGCAGGUGGAGAGGGAGCUGGAGACCUGUGACCUCUGCUUGGUGGUUGGCACCUCCUCCAUCGUGUACCCGGCGGCCAUAUUUGCCCCCCAGGUUGCGGCCAGAGGGGUCCCGGUGGCAGAGUUCAACAUGGAGGACACCCCCGCCACCAUGCGCUUCAGGUUCCAUUUCCAGGGCCCCUGCGGCACCACCCUGCCCCCCGCCCUGGCACGCCACGAGACGGAGAUCAUCUGAAGGAAGCUGCCCCCCCCCCCCCAAACGGAGAGCACUUGGUACAUCCCAACUGCCACAGGCUAGCUGGAGAAGCCCUCUGGUCCACUUCCAAAAAUGGAUUUGAAGCCCUGUGUCACCUCUGUGUUUUUACUGUGUAAUUCUUCUGGGAGUUUGGAUGGGGAAAGGGGGGGAGGGGUGGCGUGGGGAUUUUGUUACAGAUGCUACUGCAGACCCCCCCCCCCUCCCCCCGUACAUCCCUGGGUUUGUGAAUGGAAGCGUUUUGUGUGUGACUGGCUUUGACACUUCACUAAUAGGUGUGACUGCGCAGCAGGAAACCAAUGGGGGUGCUGGGGGCCGUUUUGGAGAGGUGGGGGGGGGUGGGGGUGUGUAGUUGCAAUGGGGAUAAACACAUUUAAAUAUUAGGGAUGAUUUUAUGUUUGUCUGCACUGUAGUCGGAAAUGAAGUAAUUUCUUCUAGAAGUUUUUUCUCUCCCCCCCCCCUUCAGGACAUUGACCGGCACAUCGUUUAGGGGCAAUUGGCACGAAAUCUUCUCGGAGUGAAGGAUUGUAAAGGUUGCAAGUGCAUUCGAGAACACUAGUUUUACCGAUUGAGUGGGUUUAUAACGCGGGGAAGUCUUAGCGCUUUGGGUCGGGUGUCGUCACCACGGUAACCGGAUGACAGAAUGCUUGUGAGCGUUGUCGCUGCGGAGAACGCUUUGCUUCCUGUAACGAGGCCGGUGGUGCGUGCAGGCUUUACCUCCACAUGGGGGGUCUCCACGUCUGGAGGAACAGGACCCCCCCCCCCCCCCCCCCCCCCCACCCCAGCACUUGUGCAGAGCAUUUCACUGAAUCGCGGCGUCUUCACCUCUCUGUCUCAACAUCCAUGCUGCUCAGAUGCUUUUGGUUUUUUUUUUUGUUGUUUUGGGUUGUAAUCCUAUGCAACUGUUAUUUACUUGACGAUAAAAAAGGCAAUUUCUCCAACUUC